AUAUUUAUAUAUACAUAUGUAGAUAUACAUAUAUAUAUAUAUAUGUCGACAUAAUAAUAACAUAAUAAAUUGUAGAGAAUCAUAGAGAAUGCUGGUUUAUACAGCGUGAGAAUUCUGCAGAUAUCGUGAUUGUUUGUUUAAAUCGAACUAUUAUUAUCAAAUAGUUGAGUAUAUUGGCGAGAGUAGAAACAUUAACUUGACUUACGUAAAAUUUGCAAUUUGAUUUCUUGUAUUCGAGAAGAAAAUUUGUAAUGUGUGUGUAAAUUCGCAAUGGCAUCCGAGGACGUCAUUUCUCAUACAGCAGCUUCUUCGGAAGAGCCUGGACAACCUGUCACCAGUACCUUGCAACAAGAAAGUAAUAACAAGGAUGCAAAUUCAACUAAGCCUCAAGUAAAUCGAACAAGUAAUCUUCAAAGGAUACACCAACGCAAGCAGCAGACGUACAGCUGGCCGCAAGAAAAGAAAUUGUUGAAGCUUGCGAAUUACAGUGCUUGUCAAGCGGAGGAAUGCAAGUGUACAGGCUGGAAAAAUGCACACCCGAUUAUGAAAUCACCAAAGGGCGAGAUACAGCAGCCAGUUAUAAAUUUUUUCGAUCUGUGUAAAAUGUGCACCCAUUCUUUAGAGAAUCAUAUCAAACAUCUACCUGUUCGUUCCGAGGAAGAAAUUAAUAGACUAUUAGGGAUGGCUAUCGACGCGGACAAUAUUUUUGCAUGUACGCACAGAGAAACAGAUCCCGAUACUAAGAAAGUAUAUAUUUAUUUGUACAAAUUGUUGAGGAAUUGUAUCCUAUCUAUGACAAAGCCAGCAGUGGAAGGUCCAUUAGGACAGCCACCAUUCGAAAGACCUAGCAUAGCGAAAGCAGUAACAAACUUUGUUUUAUAUAAAUUUAGUCAUUUGCCAUCAAGAGAAUGCCUGGUUAUGUAUGAUAUGGCAAAAAUGCUUUUACACUGCCUGAAUUUUUGGAAUUUUGAAGCACCCAGUGCCAGACGAUUGACAAUUAGUGCGGAUGAAGCUCCCGCUUACAAAAUCAAUUAUACUCGCUGGCUCGUCUUUUGUCAUGUGCCUGCAUUCUGUGACUCCUUGCCGCAUUACGAUACACCUUUGGUUUUUGGAAAAACUCUGUUACAAGCUGUCUUUAGAUCAGUUUGCAGACAAUUAAUGGAUAAAUGUAAUAACGAAAGAGACAGAAUAGCACCAGAGAAAAGAGUUUUAGUUUUAACUCAUUUUCCCAAGUUUCUUUCAUUGUUGGAAGGAGAAAUUUAUUCUGACAACUCUCCCAUUUGGGAUCCUGAUUUUAAGCAACUUCCGCCUUCUCAUUUUCAAGCUGCCUUGGAAUCAAAGGCUCAUCAAGGAAGGAAAACUGGAGAAUUUGAAAAGGUUACUGUCACCCCGAAUGAGAAAGAUAAUUUUACAACAAUAAAUAUUAGUCCUGGAAUUAAGAAAAUCCAGGAGAAACGUCCGAACGCCGAAAGUCGUCUUGACGCGAAGAGGCGAAAAAACGAAGAAACUUUUGAGGAUCUGCCAGAUGAGACCAUUUCUGAAAUUGUUGCAUCUAUUAAUGACACUAAUUAUAUGUCUGGUUCUGAUGCAGUAUUUCCACCAAAUGUGCCACGGGAUGAAACUGCAAAGAUGGAAGAAAGUAAAAAGAUAAUAGAAUUUCAUGUAGUCGGAAAUAGCCUUACACGACCAGUGUCUAAGCAGACUAUGCUUUGGCUGAUAGGACUACAAGAUGUAUUCAGCCAUCAAUUGCCAAGAACACCCAAGGAAUACAUUACUCAGCUCGUUUUUGAUCCUAUUCAUGUAUUAUCUUACAGAAAGCAUAAAACACUAGCCUUGAUAAAGGAUGGUCGUCCAAUCGGUGGAAUUUGUUUUUGUAUGUUUCCAAGUCAAGGUUUUACAGAGAUAGUGUUUUGCGCUGUCACGAGUCACGAGCAAGUAAAAGGCUAUGGGACGCACUUAAUGAACAUGUUGAAGGAUUAUCACAUUAAGAAUAACAUACUGCACUUUCUUACAUUCGCGGAUGAUUUUGCCAUUGGAUAUUUUAAGAAGCAGGGAUUUAGUAAGGACAUAAAACUGCCGAAGUCGGUACAUCAGGGAUAUAUAAAAUAUUACGUAGGAGCGACGUUAAUGCAUUGCGAGUUAAACCCGAAAAUUGUAUAUACCGAAUUUACGGCAGUUAUCAGAAAGCAAAAGGAAAUAGUGAAAAAGCUGAUUCACCAGAGACACCAGGAAAUACAGAAAGUGCAUCCUGGCUUAACGUGUUUUAAGGAGGGUCUAAGAGGCAUUCCCAUAGAGUGUAUUCCGGGAAUUCAUGAAACCGGAUGGAAAAGUUGCGCUCAAACUAGAACGAGGGGUGUGACAAAAGGAAUGCAAGGUCCAGAACCAAUGGAUACGAGUUUAGAUGUACCAGAUUCUCUAUGUAAUACGUUAAAUAGUGUUCUGAACAGUGUGAAAAAACACAGUACAGCGUGGCCUUUUUUGAAACCUGUAGAUAAAAAUGAUGUUCCAGAUUACUAUGAUCACAUAAAAUAUCCUAUGGAUCUCAAGACGAUGCAAGAUCGCUUGAAUUCGGGAUACUAUGUAAUAAAAAGAUUAUUUAUAGCGGACAUGUUACGGAUUUUCACCAACUGUAGAUUGUAUAACAGUCCUGACACUGAAUAUUACCGUUGUGCCAAUGCCUUGGAAAAGUACUUUCAAACGCGUAUGAAAGAAGUCGGACUCUGGGAUAAGUAGAACUUUUAAGACUGUUACAAUAAAUGACAAUGUUGGCAAUUGAUAACUUCCUAAUUUAUUCUUAUUAUAAAGUAUUAUCGCUUUACAAAGAAAGUCAUAUCUUGAAAUUGUAUUGCUUUUUGUGCAAUAUUUGUAUAAAGAUUAAAUUAAAUAUCUACUGUGUGGAAGUGCAUGUCAAAAUAAUUAAAAAAGAGAUUAAAAAAAAUUUUUAUUUCCGUAGUCCUGCGUGUUUUUCAAGUGUUUCUCAUUUUUUCUGUUUUUUAAAACGCAACGUUUGUCACAUUUACUACAUUUGUUUUAAUUGAUUUCUUUAGAUACGUAUAUACCUAUUCUGAGCAUUUAUAUAUCUCACGUUAAUCGAAUGUGUAACGCGCGUGUACAUAUGUGUAUUUAAAUGCAUAUAGUGCAGAGCAGAUCUGUCUGAUCUUAAUUAUAUAUUUCACAUAUUGAUUAUACGAAUUAUUUAUAUGUGGCCUUUUUACUAAGUUACAUUAUAUAGCAUUAUGGUGUUAAAAAUAUCAAGAAUGGUUUAUGCAAAAACUUCAGACCGAAUUGGAUACUUAAUUUCACAGCCUAAUUAAUAUCAUUAGUCGAGCAGUUAAUUAAGGAGCGUAAUACAGUAAUUAUAAAAAUCGCUCUAGUGAGUGAUCAAUCUACGGAACAGUAAAUCUCUGUAAUGCACGUUUGUAAAGUAUUCUUAAAGGAAUAAAGCUUGUUAUCUAGGAA